AUCGGAAUAACAUAGUAUGUCAUGGGUUUGGGUAGUCAGUCGAAGUGUGAGUUAGAUACGGACGGACAGAGAGAACGUGAAUAUACGGUGUUCUACAAAGUAAUAAAGUCUCGGUAUUCAUCAGUGUUAAUCAUCCGAAUUUCCAAAUAUAAUACAGAAUAUUAUAUUGGCGACGAGGAGAAAAUGUAAGUACUUUUGAAGUUUCUGAAAAGUUUAAAUUUGCAAUUCGUAAAAACGCCAUCGCCACACAUCAUUCUGUAGAAUAUUUGUUGACCGUUGAAUCGGGUGAAAAUUCACCAUGGAAACCACUGUGAAAAGUUUCAACGAAGCUUUUCUGAGUGAGCUUUGGAAAUGUUUCAUGGUUACCGAAAUGGAUAAAGCUAUGACAGUGGUAACGCAUGUAACACAGCUUGGGUAGAAGGAAAAGAUGAACUGUCAAAAGGGUAAAUCAAAGAAGAAUGAAUCAAAACAAAAGUACGAUUGUGUUAGAUUGUGUUUCUUCUUUCAUUGAUAAAUAAUUUUGAUUUGGAUCAAAUCAAGUGAUUUAGUUUUAUCAAUGGAUUUGUUGUUUUUGUUUACCAAGUGUGAAUGAAUAUUUUUGGUACUGUAUAUUGAGUGGAAAAGAAACUGGAAAAAUUGAGAAAGCAGAGUGCAGUGAUUCCAAGUGUAGAAGGGAGUUACAAGUCAAGGCUUAUCGACGUGUACCGUAUGCACUGGAGGAGAAAGUUGACGAGAAGAUCCGGCUGUUGUUGGAUCAAGGGAUCAUCGAAAAAGUAAACGGACCAUCGCCGUGGGUAUCGCCGAUUGUACCAGUACUCAAGGAUUCUGGAGACGUGCGGCUAUGUGUGGACAUGCGUCAAGCAAAUCGUGCAGUGAUUCGGGAAACUCACCCGUUACCGUUGGUGGAUGAAAUUCUGGGUUCGGUCAGCGGAGCAAAAUAUUUUUCCAAAGUGGAUGUCAAGGAUGCAUACCAUCAGGUGGAAAUAUCGGAAAGAUCUCGUCCGAUAACAACUUUCAUAACGAAAACGGGUCUCUACAGGUAAUUUUGUUCAACAUGUCAAGUGGAUUCAAAUAAAUUGAUUGGAUUUUUGUUUUAUUUUUAUCUGCAUUUUCGUAUGCUCGCCAUUAAUAGAUACAAAAGACUAAUGUUUGGAGUAAGCUGUGCCCCUGAGAUUUUUCAGAAAACGAUGGAAACAGUACUAGCUGGUCUUGAGGGAGUUAUUGUCUAUUUGGAUGAUGUGGUCGUUUUUGGUUCGACCCGAGAAGAGCAUGACAGAAGCGUAGAAAUACUGUUUGGUCGUAUGAGGGAAUAUGGAAUUUUGUUAAAUGACCGCAAAUGCAUUUUCGGAGCAGAAGAGAUUGAAUUUUUGGGGCAUGUUCUGAAUGAACAAGGUGUUCGGCCUACAGAGAGUCGCAUUGCAGCGGUCAAACACUUCAGAGAACCAAAAACGAUUGCCGAGUUGAGGAGUUUUCUCGGGUUGAUAACAUACGUUGGUCGAUUCAUUCCCAAUCUUGCAGGCCGGACAGAGCCGUUAAGAAGGUUACUUCAAGCCGGAGUAAGUUUUCACUGGAAGGAAGAACAACAGGAAGCAUUCAAAACUAUAAAGCUGGCCAUUUGUGAGACCAAAUUUUUAGGAUUUUUUGACAGAAAGGACAAAACAAAACUGAUCGUCGACGCUAGUCCAGAGGGUUUGGGAGCGGUAUUAGUUCAGGAGAACACGGAGGGCCAGAACAGAAUUAUCUCUUUUGCGAGUAAGUCCCUUACAGACCUAGAGAAGAAGUACUUCCAAACGGAGCGUGAAGCAUUGGCGAUAGUUUGGGGAGUAGAAAAGUUCAAGCUGUAUCUUCUUGGCAACAAAUUUGAACUUAUCACUGACUGCAAAGCUCUGAAAUUCUUGUUCACACCACGAUCUCGACCUUGCCCCAGAAUCGAAAGAUGGGUGCUCCGAAUCCAAUCAUACAACUACGACAUUAAAUAUGAGCCUGGAAUUACGAAUUUAGCAGAUGCUUUAUCUCGUUUAUCGAUUUCCAAGGCACAAUAUUUUGACCAACCGGCGGACCAAUAUGUUAACCAACUUUUGGAACAUGCCAUACCAAAUGCAGUAACAUUCAUGAAAGUUAUUGAAGCCACAAAACAAGAUGAAGUUUUACAAGAACUCAUGGAUGCGUUGCUGACUGAUACUUGGACCGACAGAUUGAAGGAUUUCAAACACUUCAAAGCAGAACUUCAUCAUGUUAACGGUGCCUUGAUGAGAGGAGAUCGUUUGGUAAUUCCAGAAUCACUUCAACAUCAGGUCCUUCAGUGUGCUCAUGAUGGUCAUCCAGGGAUGAGUUUGAUGAAACGGCGUUUAAGACAGAAGGUGUGGUGGCCCAAGAUGGAUAAUAUGGUGGAAAAGUUCGUUAAAAGAUGUGGAGCGUGUACUUUAGUUUCAGCGGUGGGACCGCCGGAACCAAUGCUUCGCACAAAAAUGCCUGAAAAACCGUGGACAGAUGUGGCUAUUGAUUUUCUAGGACCUUUACCAUCAGGACACUAUUUGCUGGUAUUGGUCGAUUAUUUCAGUAGGUUCACGGAAGUCAUCGUCAUGAAACAAAUAACAGCAGAAUUGACCGUUAAUGCACUUUUCGAGACGUUCAGUCGGUUUGGAAUUCCGGAAACAAUGCGGUCCGAUAACGGGCCACAGUUCAUCAGUGAACCCUUCAAAGUUUUUUGUGAAGAAUACGGAAUUACUCAUCAAAAGACAACCCCAUAUUGGCCCCAGGCUAAUGGCGAGGUAGAACGAAUGAACAGUACAAUACUGGAACGCCUUCGGAUAAGUCAAGAAGAGAAGUGUAAACACUGGAAGUGGGACUUGAGAAGUUUCCUGCUGAUGUACAACUCAACACCUCAUUCUAUCACUGGAAUUGCACCAUCAGCACUGAUGUUCGGAAGGGUUUUGAGGGAUAAACUGCCAAGUCUACAGUUUCCAGCUGGUAUUGUAUCUGAAGAUGUUCGGGAUCGCGACUGGGAGAAGAAACUCGAAGCAGCAGAAGAAUCCAACACUCAGAGGCAUGCCAAGAAAAGUGACCUGAAGGAAGGAGAUACUGUUGUGGCCAAGCGUAUCGUUAAAGAUAACAAAUUGUCCACAAAUUAUGGAUCGGAGCUGUUCGACAUACUCAGCAGAGAAGGUGCGGAAGCUGAAAUUCGUUCCAAGGAAUCUGGAAAGGUAUAUCGUCGAAAUGUAGGUCACUUGAAGCGAUUUGUUGAAGAAUGCCAAGCGGAGAAACACGACAACAUCGAAGCAGAUGUAAGAGUAGGGGAAGCUACCGAAGCAGUUCGACGUAGUCGGCGUGACAUGAAGACUCCACAGUACCUUAAAAACUAUAUCACUAAUGUAAAUGGAAAUAAUCGUUUUGAGGAUUAAGUAAAGGGGGAAUGUAGUAUCGGAAUAACAUAGUAUGUCAUGGGUUUGGGUAGUCAGUCGAAGUGUGAGUUAGAUACGGACGGACAGAGAGAACGUGAAUAUACGGUGUUCUACAAAGUAAUAAAGUCUCGGUAUUCAUCAGUGUUAAUCAUCCGAAUUUCCAAAUAUAAUACAGAAUAUUAUACUUAG